AUAGUGUCACACAUACACCCGCCAGACAAGGGCACAGCUUUAUCUCCUACAGAGUGCACUUUGGCUCUGGAAGAGACAAGUCAACAUAUCUACUCUCCUAUAUAAACUGGCCACGCCAACGGUGCCUCUUACUCCGUUUUCUUCAUCACGCUCAUUUCUGGGGAGGAAUACAACACGAGUGACAACAUGAAUAAGCUGCUGGUCGUUACUGUGCUUGUUGCACUCCUUGCUCUCAGUGCUGAAAGCUUUCGUGUGCCCAGGAUGGCUGAAGAGGAGCAAGGACAUACAUCUACAAUCAAAGACACUGUCAAGUCCUACUAUGACAAUGCUGUCAACACUGCCAGUGGAUACAUAGAAACCAUUAGGGACUUGAAGCUGGCGGAGAAGGCAAAAACUCUUUACACCGAUACUAGCACAGUGGUGAGCACCUACUUCGGUAUAAUGCAAGACCAACUUUACCACUUAUUUUACAACCAGCAAAAUGAUUCCUGAUGACCUCAGUAAAUUUUCCAACACCACAAGAACUUUCAAGCUCCACAUGAAAGGCCCAAACGUCAUUUGGCAUCAAAACCUCAAAACAGUGUCAUCAAAAAUAAUGUACCCAGUGCAUCUUGCUGCUUUCUUGAGCCACUGCACUGGUGGAAAAUGAUAACCAUCCUGCAGGGAGUGUGAUCCUGUGAAAAAACAACUAACAGCUUGCACAAAGGAAACUGAACAGAACAACUUGGCAAGCUCAAGACAAGGAGCAUGCAGCAUUUUAUGAAGAACCAACACAUUCCCCUAUUGGUCUAAGAAUUAGAAAACAGCCAGCCAUAAAAGUAGUGCAAAGAAUGUAAUGAUAUGUCGCCACCUACUGGUAGUUCAGUUUCCUCCUCGGCUCUAACGAACAUUCUACUGCUGCAUAAACUUAUAUGUUUGUGUUUUAUCUUGAAAUAAAAUAUUUAUACAAAAAAACUUGGGCUGGUGGUUGAUAUAUAAGAAUUCAGUUUAGUGUUGGAUAAAGUAAACUGUGCACACUCCUGUCUGUUUGUAUAAGACUGGUUCUGAUCCUGAUUCUGACCCAUGUUUCUAUUCAUCUCACUGAUGCAAAGGACCAGCAGAGCCUAAUCAGCUGCGGCAGCACCAAAACCGUAGCUUCUGUUGCUAUUAAUAAUUGAGGAAAAGAAACAAUGUGAAAAAUGCAAGUGUCAAGAAACCUACCAAGAUGAAUAAACAAUAGAAAUGG